CCGACUCCGGAUGAGCGGCCUCAGCAACAGCUCCAGAUCUGAGCUCCCUGCCGGGCUUCCUGGCUUCUCCGGGGGUUGAGCCUGCCUCUUGCUCAACCCUCCUUCCUUCCCCCACCUGCAGCAGCCUCGGUGGAAGGGGUGACAUAGUUUGCAUUUUGCUGCAGAGGCUGGGGAAGGGGGAGGGGGUGCGCCAGCCACCCACCGCUCCCUGCCAUCAAAGCACCCAGGUUGUGACCGGGAGUUUUCCUUCCAGGUUGUCGCCACCUCGGUCCUCUGGGCUCGGUCUGGGCUGUCCCCCCCACCCGCCUUGAGCCAUGGCCCCCACUCUGGCCACUGCCCACCGGAGGCGAUGGUGGAUGGCCUGCACCGCCGUGGUGGAGAAUCUCCUUUUCUCCGCGGUCCUCCUGGGCUGGGGGUCCCUGCUCAUCAUGCUCAAGUCCGAAGGCUUCUAUUCCUAUCUUUGUACCGAGCCAGAGAAUGUCACCAACAGCUCGGGCCAAGCACAAGAUGCAGAGCAGGAAGAGGUGAGCUGGAUGAACAACUGGCUCAGCUGUAAGGCCCAGGAUGAAAUGCUGAACUUGGCUUUUACCGUGGGCUCCUUCCUGCUCAGCGCCAUCACUCUGCCCUUGGGCAUCGUCAUGGACAAAUACGGCCCUCGCAAGUUGCGUUUGCUUGGCAGUGCCUGCUUCUCUGUGUCUUGCUUGAUGAUCGCCUAUGGAGCCAGUAACCCCAACUCCCUCUCCGUGCUCAUCUUCAUCUCCCUGUCUCUGAAUGGCUUCGGCGGGAUGUGCAUGACCUUCACGUCACUGACGCUGCCCAACAUGUUCGGCGACCUGCGGUCCACGUUCAUUGCCCUCAUGAUCGGCUCUUACGCCUCCUCCGCAGUAACUUUUCCAGCAGUCAAGGUGAUCUAUGACCUUGGGGUCUCCUUCAUUAUCAUCCUGGUUGUUUGGGCUGGCUGUGCUGGGCUUGUUUUCCUCAACUGCUUCUUUAAUUGGCCUCUGGAGCCUUUCCCGGGACCAGAGGACAUGGACUACACGGUGAAGAUCAAGUUCAGUUGGCUGGGCUUUGACCACAAGAUCACUGGGAAGCAGUUCUACAAGCAGGUGACCACGGUGGGUCGGCGACUCAGCGUGGGCAGCUCCAUGAAGCACUCCAAGGAGCAGUCGGCCCUGCAGGAAGGCAACAAGCUCUGUCUGUCCACCAUCGACCUGGAGGUCAAGUGUCAGCCGGACAAAGCAGCGGCCCCCUCCUUCAUCCACAGCCUGUUCAGCCCCAUCCUCCUGCUCAGCCUGGUCACCAUGUGUGUUACCCAGCUCCGCCUCAUCUUCUACAUGGGCGCCAUGAACAACAUCCUCAAGUUUCUCGCUGAUGGCAGCCAGGAUGCAGUGAUGGCUACGGUGGGUCUUUACACAUCCAUCUUUGGUGGGCUCCAGCUGCUCUGCCUCCUGACAGCCCCUGUCAUCGGAUACAUCAUGGACUGGAAGUUGAAGGAAUGUGAUGACGGCUCUGAAGAGGCCGAGGAAAAGGAUGGUGACCAAGCUGGGGAGAAGAGGAAGAAACGAGACCGGCAGAUUCAGAAGAUCACCAAUGCCAUGAGGGCUUUUGCCUUUACCAACCUCCUGCUGGUGGGGUUCGGAAUCACCUGCCUCAUCCACAGUCUGCCUCUCCAGAUUUUCUCCUUCAUCCUGCACACGAUCGUUCGGGGUUUCAUCCAUUCUGCCGUCGGGGGCCUCUAUGCUGCUGUAUACCCUUCCACCCAGUUUGGCAGCUUGACAGGCCUUCAGUCUCUGGUGAGUGCGCUCUUCGCUCUCCUGCAGCAGCCCUUGUUCGUGGCGAUGAUGGGACCCCUUCAGGGAGACCCAUUUUGGGUCAACGUGGGCUUGCUCGGGGUGAGCAUGCUGGGCUUCUGCCUGCCCCUUUACCUGAUCUUCUACCGGCGGGGGCUACAAAGGCAGCUGGACCAGAAGAGGGAGGAUGAGAAGCUCUUCCUCAAGAUCAACGGCACCCCCAAUCAGGAGGCCUUUGUGUAGGGCGCCUCCCCUGCUUCCGUCCACCUGCUCCUCCCCCACUUGGACCACAGCCGCCUUUGGCCCCCCGGCCCAGCCCAGCCCCCAGAGCACACAUCCCAUGUCACCCGCCUCUGCCUUCCGGCCACUCUGGCAUUCUGGGAUUGGACAGCAGAAGCUGCGUUUGCAGCCCGGGCUGUGGCCACCAGGAGCUGGGAAGGCCUGGGGUGGGAGGCCGAGGCCUGGUACCAGACUGACUGCUCCUUUCUUAUGGCAGGCCCACCUGGUCUUCCUUCUCUGGCCAGGGCUCCUGAGGAGCCGGGUCCCCUAUGAGGUUGGCACCACCCCCUGACCACCUUCCACAUCCCUCCAGCUGCUCCCAGAGGGGUAGGCUGUUGGCACUCUCAGCUGGCUGCCCCAGAAGACUGACCAGGACAAUACUGUGGUGCCACCCUGGGAUGCCUGGGUGCCCUCUUCCCUGAGUUUCUGGGUGACGCCUCAUUCGCCAAAUUCAAGGAGGGGGCUGGCCCCUGUGCCCCUGUGCCCCCCUGCCAGCUGCUCCCUCUGCUGCAUGCUGACACAUGGAAAUGGAGGCUUUCAAAGCCUGUCCACUCCUCUCAGUCCCAGAGACACCCCUGGGAUGGCCAUCACCCAGAAGGAUGUGUCUAAGGCAGGAAAGGACCCUCUGGCCACUGUUGGUGCUAGUCCCCUAGUGAUUCUGCUCUUGCCCCACGUCCCCCACCCUGCGGAGUCUCUGCUGUCUUGUGCAUGUGGGACCCCUAUCACCUGCAUCUUGCUGCCUCCUCACUGGGUCGGGACAUGAGGCUGAGCCCUGACAAAUUCAUCAGGUGGUUGUGGGGGUGCCGUGGGGCAGCCCCGGGGCAGGUGCAGCCUGGAUGGCAUUAAAGGGACAGGCCAUUAGGGUGCUAAGCUACUUCCUCACUUUUGUGGGGUGGGGGAAAACGAAGGGGGAGGGGGGAGAAUCACAUAUUUGGAGUGUGUGCUUGGGUGUGUGUGUUUUGGGCGGAGCCCCCUGGGCUGGGCUGGGCUAGCUGGCCAUGCUUGGGUUGAGUGGUGCAGCUGCUGGUAGGCAGCGCCCCCUGGCGUUGGGCCUUCCAGAGUCUUCUGGCCCUCCCCUGGCCCAGCUGGACUCUGGGGAGCCGGCACUGCCCCUGGGGCUCUGGCCCAGGACGUGGCCUCAGUGUGCGGGCCUCAGUGUGCGUGUGCUGCUGCACCUGUCAGUUUCAGCCUGUUUUUAAAAGGACUGUUUCCUGAGGCUAGGCUUCUUAGUAGGUCUGCAAGGGCUCAGGUUUUGUUUGUUUAUUUUCAAGUUUUCUCAAACUUUUUUUAUUGUAAAGCAAUAAAUCCAUCUUCGUGUA